AAGCCUGCAUCAAUGGACUGGCGAAACUGUGUCUGCCGUGGGACACGCAUUCCGAGUUCGUCGGUCUGGCGCGCGAGGUCUGUUGCGGCAAGCAAUUGAGGCCGCAACGAUGGAUUCGUAUGAGCGCGAGCUUGCCGAUAUCCUUUCGGAUGGCGACGACAACGGCGACUCGUUCGUAUACCCCGGCUCCAGUACCAACGUGCAGCACAAUGAUGCCAAUGGAAGCUCGCCAUCAAUAAGCGGCAGCCAUUCGAUUUGUUCCUACGGUACGCAAACGAGCUUCAGCGACGCAAGCUCGACGAUCAGGGCCUCCUCAUCAUAUAGCCAUGGAGACUUGUAUCCUGAAAGCAAAGAAGAUGCAGAAGGUGAAGUUCCGGCGGAUGCAGCUGCAUGGGAUUCGUUGCCUGAUGAGGCGACAAGAAGGAAGAAUCAAUUCGAGGAGGCAGCGCUAGAGUGGCAGCACGAUCCAAGAUGGGAAGGUGAGGAGGAAGGGCCUUCCCAAUCAGCCGGACCCGCUUCCAAAGGGAAGGAGAAGCUGGGCUUGUCCGACUACGAGAAGAGAAUGCGCGACAUCAUGGGUGAUGAUGAACAUGAUGAAUCGGAACGAUAUUCGAAAAAUAUUGAGCGCGAACAAGAAGCGACAACUCCACGCCCUCUCCAAGUGUCAUCAUUCGCCUCGCAGGCGCAGACCUCUGCCCUUCAAGAAGCUGAUGGCGAAGCCCAAGCAUCCGGAUCGGGCUCAGAGGACGAUGUGGAUGAUGGGAUAUUCGUAUUUCCUGGCGCUGCACCCGCCUACCGAAAACAGCCGCCAAGUCCAGAGCCUUACGACCUAUCGUGCAGCGCUGCAGAUGGAAAGGCGCGGUCGAGCGCAGGAGUCAAGUCAAAUCCGACCGGCCGGCCGGAUGAUUCAGUCGACUCGAUCGUGUCGGAUUCAGUGAGGUCUGAAAGUUCAGAAUUGCCGGAUGUUUCGGUUCCAAGCGGAAAUACGGGCGAACGGUCGUCCACAUCUACCGAAGCGCCGACCGUGUCACCCCCUCCUGCUCGGCGGAAAGGAAAGAACGUGCCGUCGAUGAGAAUUGCAGCUACGGUCCCCAUUCAAACGUCCGCAGACAGCUCUGCUCCGCUGCUAUCCAAGAUUGGACCUCCUUCCAGCGCGGGGCUCUGCAGCUUUCGCGUCCCCUCCAGCUCCUCGACGGCAUCUAUCGGCAAUGGAUCCCCCUCCAGUUCGAUGUCUUUCACGCACAGCUUCAUCAGCAUGGGCAGUUCCCACAAACGUCAAGGCAAGACGGACUUUGUUUCACGGAGACCGAAAGAGUAUCCUAGUCUCUCGCGACUACGAGCAGGCGCGUUCCUCAAUGGGGAAGGCUCUUCGUGCGGCGACUCAAAAACUCCUUCGGCAAGGUCUUCUCAGCUGGACCUGAGCUCACAUCUUGACGGCGUUGAUGCUCAGAAUUUUGAGGUUCAGCCUGGCGGACUGGGCCAGCGCAGCGUCAGCGUUUCCAGCCUCGCUGGUUCCGUGUGCUCCGUAUCGCAGACCAAGGCGACCCGGUUCUAUCCUUAUGGUGCGCCCAAUCAUCAGUCUCCCGGGGCUGGGCCAGAUGCCCCAACGCUUGACCUCACUGUGUAUGGGACCAUGACCCCCACAAUGUGCUCAGCCACUACAUCACAGAUAGCAUCAGCGGAAGCAUCCGCCGCAGGAGCUUUGAACAGGCAGUUUGAUGGGGCGGGUGUGCCACUGACGGUGGAGGCAGGUGAACAGCUCAUGGAGCUGCACGGCAAAGAUAUCUUUCGAUGGGGUGCUUUGCGCAAAGUCAGCAACCACGUCUAUGGGCAGAAUGCCAGCUUCCAAUGCAAGAGGCAGCGAGAUGACAAGAAGCAGCAGGCGAAUGGGAAGCAGCCGGAGACCAGGGCGAGGGGCGAGGAAGCUGCUCUGUCAGAGAAAGGAGUGUCGCAGACCAAUACACUAAAGGGGGAUCAUGCCCGCUCCGUCAGGGCACGAGGCUCACACGACGAAUCAUUCUCUGCUGAUGGAGAGGCAGGUAUGGAACCGUUACAGCCCAUGAAUGACAGCGAGUAUGAGGCCAGAGCAUCGAAUGUACCGGGUGUGGACGUUUCGCAGUCCACAAAUGGCGGCGACAGCGCGAAGGCUCUACAUGAACCGGUGAGGCCUACCGUCUUGCGCGCGAGCAAUGGUCUGAUUGCUGUCGGGAUGAGCGACGGCAAGGUGAUGGUCUUUGAUUACGCUCAAGCCCUCAUCGGGACGUACGGGCCGAAGAGUAUUACCGACGCAGGGGGGAUGGUUACGGCUCUUGCCUUCUCGCAUGACCACACUUUUCUUGGGGUCGGCCACGCAGAGGGCCACAUUGCCUUGUAUAACCUUGCCAAACAUGCAGCACCCGCACGGCAUGUGACGCCCGCUGCUAGUGCUGCAAUAUCCACUGGACGUAAUGAAGGCCACCUUUCCGGAAGCAAGGUCAUCCACCUCUCCUUCGUCGGGGCCCGACACACUGCGAUUGUAUCCGCGGACAACGCCGGUCUGAGCUUCUACCAUUCUUUGGGCAAGAUUGUCGGCAUCGCUUCGGAUGACACUUUACGCAUCUUUGGGCGGUAUCCACUGCAUUCACCAGCGGUGAAAGCGUCUGCAGGGGGGGCUACUAUUCAGGAAGGGAUUCACCAUUCGACCAUCUUGGAUAUGGCGUCCCUUCCGCUUGGGGACGUGCCACACAUCACCGAUGGCUACCUCUUCACAGCCGUUGCAUCACCGAACAAGAUCGUCCUGUGCGGGGUGAAACCCUCCGCGAGGACGUGGUGGCGUCGUAAAGGGCAUGCGCGGCCGCGACAGCAGGAAGACGCUGUCGAAGAUAUGCUCGAGGAGAUGCAACAUGGUGGCCAUACAAAGCCGAAUGGUCUUUCAUCAGUGGGACGUGGGCAUGGCUUCGACGCUGAUCCAGCCACGGCAUCACUCUCGUGGAGAGUCGCUACGGCGGCUGCCGCGCCUGUGCUCGCAUUCAGCCUUGGGCGAGAAGUGUCGCUUUUGGAGCUUCAUGGUGUCACUCUUGAAACUCAAGGCAAAGUGCGCGAAGAUGUACAGCUUCAAGAGAGAGACACAUACGAGCAUUCCGAGCCGGUGCUGGCCUUGCGCUGGCUUACGGGUGAGCUCCUACUGCUGCUUGGCAGUCGCUCAAUCGCUGUAUUCGAUGUGGGAAGGUGGCAGUUGGUAGAUGAGCAAGAGAAAAACGAGCCAAUCAAGAGUUUGUUACCUCAGCAAUGGCAUCCUAGUAGGGUCGUCCUUGGCGAAGCAUCGUCGAUCAUGCGAUACCCAGCGAAGAUGGUUGGGAACAGCCUUAGCAUUACCGAGGGACGCUUGUUCUUGCUCGGCUUUCAUACGGUGUAUGUGGGUAGCCUUCUAUCGUGGGCAGAUUGCAUCCUGUCAUUAGUCUCAUCGGGCGACUUUCUGUCUGCGAUUCGACUAUGCACCGCUUACUACCAAGGUACUGCGCCAGGCCUGGCUUUUGGACUCCCGAAGGACGCGGCAACGCGACAGUCGCUCGUAGGAAGUCGGCUGCGCGAACUGAUGCGAGCCUCCGCUCAAUAUGUCUUUAGCGAGGAUCGUUUCACCGACAUGACCCACGUAUCCUCUGAUGGGCGCGGCGUUGACCGCACUGCGAUUUUUGAAAAUAUCGCGUCUGCCUGCGCCGAGAGCUCGUUGAUCUUGGACGACAUGCACUUCCUCUUCAACGACCUCUAUGACCUUUACGCCGACAACGGCAUCGAAGGCAUUUUCGUCGCGCAAAUGGAGAAGUUCAUCCUCAGCAAUCGCAUGCGACGCCUCCCCCCGGAAGUUAUACAGAAGCUUAUUCUCUUCCAUUGCGACCGCGCAGAGUUCACGCGCGCAGAAGAGAUCAUUUGGCACGUGGACGUACCCUGCCUUGACCUCGAUCAAGCUCUGUCAGUCUGCAAGCAGCACGGCCUUUACGACGCAAUGACGUACAUUUUCAACUCUGCCUUGGGAGACUUCGUCACGCCGCUACUCGAGCUCGGAGACCUCAUCGUCCAGGUGAUGCACCUCGAGGCCAACGACACACAAGAGGAGGAACAGCGCAUCGGGCAUGCGUACAAAAUCUUCUCAUACCUAUCCGUCAUUUUGCUUGGUCGCCAGUACCCGAGUCAGAGCAAGCUCGAGGAGAAUGUCGCCAAUCGUGCGAGGGCCGAGGUCUACGGGUUUCUCUUUGCAGCGACUGCCCAAUCGUGGCCUGAGGCAUACCGAGCGCGAUUGUCAGCUGCGGCCCCCGAAGGCAACAUGUUUGACUUGGACUAUCCUGCCCUGCGCCUGCUUAUAUCCUUUGAUGCGGAAGCAUUGCUGGACGCCCUCGACAUUGCACUCGAAGAUCCAUACCUCGAGGAAGAAGAGGCGUCGCAGAUCACUCGCCAAGGGAUCAUCGACGCUAUGAUCCACAUUGCUAGUGCACUGCCAGGCAGCGUCUUGAUUGACAUAUUUAUCGCUCGCAACGUCCACAGGUACCCGCAAUUUUUGCGGCUCUCAGGCGCAAUCGCUUUCAAGAUCCUCGAGCGCUUGUCCAAGCAGGGAUCCGACCAAGACCGCGAGGACCGUCAACUAGCAGCUGAGAGUCUUCUGGCAAACGAAAUUCAAGGUGGCCUAAAGGCGUUGCUCGAUGACUUUGAGGCGGCGGGCUUUUUCCGAAUCCUGCAGAGGGCGUAUCGCAGAGAGAAGCAGUGGACUCGAUUGGUGGCCAUGCUUCUUCAAGAUCCUGAAGCUGAAGACUCGGUGUUCGGCGAGAUCCAGAGCAUUUUCGCGCAAUGCUCUCGCAAAUCCCCGAUGCGCAAAGUUCUUAUUGAUCAAAUCGUUUUCUCCUCACCGCGGCUUGCGAAUAUUAAUGUCGCGCGCACGGCCCAGCUCAUCGACUCUCGAGCGCCAGAUAGGCACGGAGACGUUGUCGACGCGUUGAGCGAUAGGCCAGCCCUUCAGUAUUCGUACCUCAAAGGUAUCCUAAACCCAGAAUACGCCAGGGAACAAGCGGAGCGAGAGUCAAAAGCUACUCAGUUUCCGGAUUGGACAAAAGAGGAGUACAUUACGUUGAUGGCGACCUUCGAGCCCGGCAGCAUGUUGCGCAACUUGGAAACGCGCGAGCCACAUUUUUUCGAUUUGGAUCAUGUCAUGAACGUGGCCGAGUCGAAGAAGGUAUACGACGCUUUGCUCUGGACAGUCAACAAGACUCAUGGCAUGGAAGCUGCUAUGGACCGUUUAGACCGUAUCAUCGCACAGGAGAGCAGUGCCCUACAGGCCGAGGAUGAUGGGCUUACGGGUGACACGUUUGCAUCCUCGCGACUACAUACCGCCUUCGACUUUGGUGUCCGCUUGUGUCGGGACGCGCCAGUCGACGCAAUCGGAGAGCAAUGGUACCGCAUCCUGAGAGGUCUGGUCCAGCUUACGCACAGUGCAGCUAUCAGUCAGAGAGCAACAGCGAUGGCGAAAGCAAGCACCAGCUCGGCAGCAGCUGCUGCUGCACAGGGGAUCGUGCAGGAUUGCCUCUCGUCGCUGAUCGCGUCUGCGUCUGCCGAGCAAGUCUCCUUCCCGACACUGUUCCGUCGCCUGAUCAGCCAUCAGGGACAUGACGACAUCCCAGCCGCAGCACAGUACUACAAGGAUGUGCGCUCCGUACUGGAGAGCAUGUUGAUGGCGCAUCAUCUGCGCACAGAUGAGAUGUCGAUCGCAAACCGACUGUUCGACCGCGACAUCUCUGGUGUCAUGCAUGCGCUCACGCGCGAGCGCCGGCGCGGCUGGCGGCCCAUUUCAUUCAACCAGCGCUGCAUGCGCUGCGGCGGUGCGCUGUUCGGCAGCAACGCGCCGAAUGCCAACGUGGCGAGCACGGAGUCUGCUGCUGCCGACACUGCUUCCCCCCGUUCCCUUGCUUGGCGCAGCUCCGCGUUUUCCCAUGCGCAGGAUGCGCGUCGCGCAUCACUGACUGCGAGAGGAAAGUCGAGCGUAAUUAACCUUCCGAGCCGCCCCACCAGCCCGUACCUGGAAGCGUUCCCCAGCCCGUCGAUUAACAAGGGUAAGGCGCCUGCACGGGGCUUCUUCCCUUCUGCCCGGUCUGGCUCUCAUGAUGGCACCAUCGGCCUUGGCAAGCCGGGUGGCAGCGGUGGGGCCGGCAACGACGUCAACAACAGCAAUGACGCCGCCGCCGCCGCCGCUGCGCUCACACCUGGAGGCGGAGGCGUCUCGUUAGACCCACGAUCCGACGGCUUUUUCACGCGCGGCUGGAGCUACCACCAAGCGACAUCCUCUUCGGCGCCGAUGGACCACUUCCCCGCCAGACCGAAGCCAAACGACGACCAGAGCUUCCUGGGCGUUGCACACGACGCCGACGUGCCGAGGGUGGCACCUGCGCGGUCUCCGCUUGAGCGUUCGCGCGGUGCUUCACUCGGCUCAACCAGCAGCGCAGCCGGGGCUGGCUUUGGCUUUGGCUUGGGGCUCAGCAGUCUCGGCGAUGGCGAGGCCGAGGAGCGUGACGACGUCGCAUCUGCCUUUGCCGUCCGAGCAAGCUGGCGCACCCUGGAUUGCAGAGGACGCGCGGCGGGCGAUGGCGUAGUAGGGGAGGAAGAGGAAGGGCAGGAGGCGGAAGAGGAAGAGGAGUGGCAGAGCGAGUUGCGGCGCAGGCGCGCGGCAGUGGUCAUUUAUCGCCACGGCGAGGCCUGGCACCAGCUGUGCGCGCCGGAGCAGUACUAUGCGUAGGGGAUGCGCCGCUCGGCCCGGGCCAGCGAGCUUUGUGCGCUUGCUGCGCUCUUUCCUUUGGGGUGGGGAGUGUAAGAUGCGAUCGUCGCUUGCUGUACCUGUGCUUUGACUUCUUGAACUCCAAGAAGAAAUCACCGUGAUGAAUAGUGGGUUUGACUCUCUUUUCAUUUGGCUUCAACGUUAUGCCCUCUGCUAUGGCUCUGCAUGUCGCGGAUGCUAAUCUCAUUGCAUGCACCAUUGGGGAUAGG